CUAAACUGAACUGAUACCGCGCCUACCGCGUGCCAUGCUGACAUCGGCAUCGCGUAUCACGCGCGUGCAGUGUUCCUAAAAGCUGAUCACGUAAAAAAAAAAAAAAACGGUCUGGUUAAGAUUAAUGUGAAUUGGUGCUAUCUUUAGUUACCUGUCAGCGCAAUGGGUCUCCUAGAAGAAGACACCGGCAUACUGAGCAAAACAGCAAGCCACUGCAAUGGAGUUUCCCAUACCGGAACCACGAAACAAGAACAAGAUAAGGCUACACGUCGACGAAUGGGCAGGGACGAGUUCGAAGAAACACCGCUCUUGAUGGCGUUGGCCACAUAUGUGAGCUACGUCAUCUUGGGUAUUUUCGGACACAUUCGUGACUUUAUGCGGUCUGUUGGACUGGAAGAAACGCAUGCCGCUGUUGAGACAGACCGUGAGGGUUAUGUCCCACUGUAUCAAAGCUUCGAGAGCUUCUACACACGAAACGUCUACCGGCGUAUUCGUGACUGCUGGAAUCAUCCGAUCUGCAGUGUUCCUGGUGCUGUUAUCGACUUGGUGGACCGCGUGUCUCUCGACAACAAUUGGUCGUUCACAAUGCCUGGUACUGUGACCAAAGCUAUUAAUAUGGGCUCUUACAACUACCUUGGCUUCGCGGAAAGCGCGGGACCAGUUGCGGAUGAGGUUGAAACUUCCAUUCGGACAUACGGAAAUGGGAUCUGCAGCACGCGUCACGAAUUAGGAACAUUGGAUAUCCACUUGGAAUUGGAAUCCGUGGUGGCACGAUUCCUGGGAGUCGAAGACUGCCUCACGGUGGGCAUGGGUUUUGCUACCAAUUCAACAAACAUCCCAACAUUGGCCGGUCGAGGAUGUCUUCUGCUGAGCGAUGAGCUGAACCACGCGUCGCUCAUCUUGGGGUGCCGACUGUCUGGUGCGACAAUCAAAGUCUUCAAACACAACAAUAUGAAAGAUCUCGAACGAAAACUGCGUGGGGCUAUCGUCGAGGGACAGCCACGGACGAAUAGGCCAUGGAAGAAGAUCAUCAUCAUUGUUGAAGGAGUCUACAGCAUGGAAGGCUCGAUAGUCAAGCUCCCAGAGGUUAUAGCCCUGAAGAAGAAGUACAAAGCCUACGUCUACCUGGAUGAAGCUCACAGCAUUGGAGCCUUGGGACCGACGGGACGCGGUGCCGUGGAUUACUUUGGGGUGGACCCUCGGGACGUCGACUUGCUCAUGGGAACCUUCACCAAAAGUUUUGGGGCAGCGGGGGGAUACAUAGCGGGAUCUAAGCACAUAAUUGACCACCUCCGAGCGCAUUCGCACAGUUUCAGCUACGCAGCUAGUAUGUCGGCCCCGGUUGCUCAGCAGAUCAUAUCAACGUGCAGAGUCAUCAUGGGGGAGAUUGGCGAUGGGGAAGGCCAGAGGCGAAUUGAGCGUCUUGCGCGCAACACCCACUACUUCCGCCAGCGACUCAAGCAGAUGGGUUUCAUCAUCUACGGCAACGAGGACUCCCCAGUUGUGCCGCUCAUGCUUUACCUGCCUUCAAAAAUUGCAGGAUUUGUGCGCUACCUGAUGAAGCGUGGCGUUGCAACCGUUGGAGUUGGCUUUCCUGCAACUCCGCUUCUGGAGGCCAGGGC